UUCUUUGAAACUUAGAAUGAAAUUUAUAUUGCAAUGCAUUUCUCCGAUAACGGGUUUGUGGUUGUUUGUCUAAUAAUAGGAUUUUUUGUGGUGUAUAGUAAAAAUGAAAAAGAGGAGGAGAUUGACAAAUACGACGAUUUUUCAGAGGACAUAUAUUCAUUUGUGGUUCUAAUUGAUAUUGUGUUCACAGAUUCCUCGAAAAAAACAUGCACUGGAACUAUUAUUCACGAUAAUGUUGUGAUAACAGCAGCGCAUUGCCUCAAAAUACUGGAUGAAAUUCAUGUACAAGCUGAGCUUACUGCAUCGUUUGUCGUCCUAGGGACCAAAAAAAUGUUCGAAGCGGGAUACGAACAAUACCUGCCCAUUGAAAGAGUUAUAAUCCAUCCAAACUAUAGCGUUUGGACCGCUGACUUGGCUCUUAUACAUACCUUCGCAGGAAUGAUGUCCGAUAAACCCGGACGUAUUGUCCCAUUGGCGAAUGAAAAGACAAAUACACCAGUUCUAUCGGAUGUAAUAGUUUUUAGCUGGAAUCCUUACAAGUUGAAUGAUGCGACAUCUUCCUUAACGGAGAAAAAGGAAAAUAUAUGGGAUAAAAAAAAGACUGAUCAUUUGGAAAACAAUACGGAUUAUGAUGACAUAUCUAAAGUUACCUCUCUACUGACGUUUGAUUCUUCAAACGAAGCAGAAGAAACUACUCGAUUGCGAACAGUUUCAACUGCAAACACAUUAUUUGAUAACAAAAAAAGAUUGAAACAGCGUCGAAAAAGAAUUAAAAUGAAAUUAAAACAAAACACAAUGGAUGAUGAAGAGCAAAUCACGUAUAAUCCUAAGGAGUCGUCGUUGGAAGCACGUUCUAGAUAUCGUCACGAAAAUAUAAGGUACAGUCACAGUAACAUAAAACACUUUAACAGUAAGACUGAACAAUUAAGUUGGGAAAAGCAGAAGGAUAAUUUUGAAAGAGUCUCCAUAAAAGAGCGUAUAACUCAAAGGAACAGAUAUACAAAGAAACCUUUUGGUGUUAUGCCGUACCAUAAAAAUGAUUGGAGAAGGAAAAUAGGGGAUCAACAAAACAAACUUACUGCUGAAGUCUUUGGAUUUGUCAACACACAAACUUGUAAAAAAAUAAUAGAAAAGGCCAUUCCUUCUUCCAAUGAAAUAAAAAAUUUCAAUGAAGUCCUGUGCUACUCUAGUGAGGAUCACUUUAUUACUGAGGCGAACUCUGGAGCACCAGCUAUGCGUCGCGGUUAUUUGGUUGCUGUGACAAUUGCCGGAGUUGAUUUUGAAGGAGAGAGGGUCGCUAUUGGAAUAAAAAUUUCUUGUUUCUGUUCUUGGAUAUCAGAAAAUAUUCCUAAAAGUGGCACCAGUUUGGUAUGCUGUAAGAACUGUUGCGAAAAAAAAGAAGACAUUGAUUACAACAGCCAAUAUAUUAAACGAAAAGCAAGCAACUGAUGUUAAAAUUUCUAAAGCUCGAAUAUUUUAUUGUAUAAAACUUUUGUUCAUAAAUAAUAAGUUUGUUUAUUUUUUAAUUAAAAUAUGAGCCAAUAA